AUGUUGAACCAAUCUGCUUCUGUGACCUACUUCGCGGCUAAAACCCAAGCUUCUGGCGAGGCGAGCCAUCAGAUUCCCGGCGAGCUGGGACUAAGGAGACGGCGCCAUACUGAGAGGGACAGCCAACCUCCAGACAGGUCGGGUUAUCAGUACUUAGGGUUCGGGUCGGGUUCUUUUGGCGGGAGAACCAGCGAGAAAAAUGGCGUCUCUCACCUUAUUCAGAAGCUGCCCAACGGAUCUUCACAAAAGCUCUCAUGCCAACGAUGUAACAACUCUUCGGAGUCAAUCAAGUGCAAGGACAACGGGAAACCAAUAACUGCUGGCCGUGAUUAUAACAGACACGCGGCGGCAUCUUUCCCAACCGUCCUGACGGCCCCCACCCAUUACUUAGAUGGAACGCCAGUUCCGAAAAGUGAUACGCGGCUUCGCAUUUUCUCCGGCACUGCCAAUCCUUCUCUAUCUCAGGAAAUUGCUUGCUAUAUGGGUCUGGAGCUUGGAAAGAUUAAGAUCAAACAUUUUGCUGAUGGAGAAAUUUAUGUUCAGUUACAAGAGAGUGUUCGAGGAUGUGAUGUGUAUCUUGUGCAACCUACAUGUCCUCCAGCAAAUGAGAAUCUUAUGGAGCUUUUGAUAAUGAUUGACGCUUGCCGUCGGGCAUCAGCCAAAAAUAUCACUGCUGUAAUUCCUUAUUUUGGAUAUGCCCGGGCUGAUCGAAAGACUCAAGGGCGUGAAUCGAUUGCGGCCAAACUCGUGGCGAAUUUGAUUACUGAAGCCGGAGCUGACAGGGUUCUAGUGUGUGACCUCCAUUCUGGACAAUCCAUGGGAUAUUUUGACAUUCCGGUGGACCAUGUGCAUGGCCAGCCCGUCAUACUUGAUUAUCUAGCCAGCAAGACAAUCAGAACAGAUGAUUUGGUCGUGGUCUCACCUGAUGUUGGUGGGGUUGCUAGAGCAAGAGCUUUUGCCAAAAAGUUAUCUGAUGCUCCUCUGGCCAUUGUGGAUAAAAGGCGUCAAGGACACAAUGUUGCUGAGGUGAUGAAUUUGAUUGGUGAUGUUCGGGGAAAAGUGGCCGUGAUGGUGGAUGACAUGAUUGAUACCGCAGGUUGUAAAUCAUUCAAGAUCCAAACUCUUUCUCCUUCUCAACAUGAAGCUAAUAGCGCAUCUUUUGCAGGAACCAUUGCAAAAGGAGCUGCUCUAUUACAUCAAGAAGGAGCUAGGGAGGUUUAUGCUUGCAGCACUCAUGCUGUUUUCAGUCCUCCUGCAGUAGAGAGACUGUCAAGCGGACUAUUUCAAGAGGUAAUCAUAACAAACACCAUUCCAGUGGCAGAGCAGAACUAUUUUCCACAACUUACAAUAUUAUCUGUGGCAAACCUGUUGGGCGAAACUAUAUGGCGUGUUCAUGAUGACUGUGCUUUGGUCAUAUGGACUGAACUUUCCAUGAACACCAACAUCCGAUUGUCUGACAUGGCUGAGAAAGAGAGUAUACAGAGGAAUUUGAGUGAAGAUUUCAGAGGGACAUGGACAAAUAGGAGACCUCUAGAGGUUUCUAGCCUUAAACAUGUGAUUUCUAUACUGGCAAUACCACCAGGAGAGGAGACCCAAUUACCUGGAGUCGGGGAACGAGAGUUGAGGGAGACAUCUCGAGGACGAGAAGGAGCCCAGACACAACCUCAACCUGAGGAUCAGAUGACGACCGUCACUCUAGGUGAACUACGGAGGAUGAUAGCGAAAGUCGUGACAGCUCGACUUGAACUGCCACCUCAACAGGAGCAAGUACCUCUACUUAAGCAGGAGCAACAUGCCCAAUCGAAUGAGCAACAUAACAUAAGAGGAGAGGACGAGGACCAAAGUAGAAGGGAGGAAGGGGGGCAGCUCGAGGGGGCAUCCCUUCUCGGAGCACAAACUGAGCACCGAUGUGACGCCCCCCAACCUCCGUCCGGCGAGCAGCAGCCUUUUACGGCGAACCGAGGACCACUGGACGGACAGAGGAACAGCUCCGGAGAGCCACCAGUUGCCGGCGAGUCAGACUCGAGCUCCUCCGUGACAGAAGCAAGUCGAGCAGCACCUGGCCUGAAGCAGCUUUGCCCAGCUGCUGAGACAACUUCGUUUUCUGGCGUACCGAGAGCAAUCGGUUCCGGCAAGGAGCAGCAAGCAGCAUUCAAGAACUGUUAA